AAAGGGAGUAAAUAUGGCGACUUUCCGCUUAGAUGUUUUGCAGUCUGUCACAUCCGUAUCACAGAAAAACUGUUUUACAGCAAACCAUGCAUUGGAUUGACUAGUUUGACCGUCAGAAUUACAAAAUCUUCAUAAUCUGUAUCUCUGAACUAAUCCAAAUGUGAAAGUACUCGGAAACUAGAAGCCACGUAGCCUAAUCGAGAUGUCAUUUCUUAACAGUUUCCGUAAACUUUUUCGUUUUGGUGGGGAGGACACGAAGAAAAAAGAAGACAACAAAAACAUCAAACGGGACAUUGAUCCUUCGCAGUUUUGGGAUGUAAUUGGGGAGCUUGGAGAUGGAGCCUUUGGGAAAGUUUACAAGGCACUACAUAAAGAGACAGGACAGUAUGCAGCACUGAAGCAGGUGGAGAUUAAAAGUGAAGAGGACCUCGAAGACUUUGCUGUCGAAAUUGACAUUCUUUCCGAAUGUCGGCACCAAAAUGUGGUGUCACUAUAUGAAGCGUUUUACUGGGAUUCCACUUUAUGGAUGUACAUUGAAUUUUGUGGAGGAGGUGCCUUGGACAGCAUUAUGGUGGACCUGGAGAAACCCCUCACAGAGAGUAUGAUCCGCUACGUCUGUCACGAGAUAUGUGUGGCACUGCACUUUCUCCAUAAAAACCAUGUGAUUCAUCGAGACAUCAAGGCUGGCAACGUCCUCCUCACCCUCGAAGGGGAGGUCAAACUGGCUGAUUUUGGUGUGUCGGCCAAGAACACAAGAACUGCCCAGCGAAGAGACUCCUUCAUAGGAACCCCUUACUGGAUGGCCCCUGAAGUGAUCAUGUGUGAGACGCUGAAGGACAGCCCGUACAACACCAAGGCGGACAUUUGGUCUCUAGGUGUUACACUCAUUGAGUUUGCCCAGAUGGAGCCACCUAAUCAUGACAUGCAUCCUAUGAGAGUUCUCAUCAAAAUACAGAAGUCCGAUCCUCCUUCACUUGCCAAACCGUCUCGAUGGUCCAAAGAUUUCAAGGAUUUUGUGAACAUGUGUUUGGUAAAGAAUCCAGAUCUGAGGCCUACAGCAGAGGAAUUGUUAAUGCACCCGUUUAUCCGAGACUACAUGAACAAGUCUGACCUGGUUGACCUGAUCUUGGAGGCUAAGGCAGAGGUCGUAGAGGUCAUUGAGGACCUUGGAGAGGAUGAGGACAUCAUGCAAAUGAAGAAACACAUGAGUGAUGCAUCCUCUAUAUCAGACCUAGAUAACGUGUCUGUGAGUGGUGACAGUGACAAGAAAUCUCCGACUCCAGAACGUGUGGUGAUUCCAGAGAAGGAAAAACCAAAGCCUAUAGAAACCAAACCAGAGCCAGUGGAAACCAAACCAGAGCCUGUGGAAACCAAACCUGAGCCUGUGGAAACCAAACCAGAGCCUGUGGAAACCAAACCUGAGCCUGUGGAAAAGGAAGCUGAGGUAGCGAAGCCAGAAGAAAAAAUACCAGUUCCAGAAGAAACAACUCAAAUUCCAGAUAUCAAAGAGGAUGAAAGUCCAAAAUUACCAUCACCCGAGCUUUCACCACGUAAAUCUCCGGCUCCAUCUCCACCAAAAUCUCCCAGUUCUCCUCCAAAAUCUCCUCCACUCACGUCUCCAAAACCAUCAGUGGCAGAGAUUGUAAAGGCCAAGGAAGAGGCAGCACGUGAUGUUGAUACUUCGACAACGGAGUCACCUGAUGAGGGACUUGGUCCUAGCAGUGAUGAAACAUCUGAGACUGUUAGUCCUGCAAAAGACCAAGUGAAGCCGGACGUCACACCAACAGUAAAUGACAUACUUGAAGGUCUCAUUAACGAGGUGAUUCGAUCUGUCAACACACAACCAUCAGUGCCUAGUGUUGUUUUGGAUACUUUCAAAGAUGUCAUUGAAGAAGGACAUCAGGAGAAACUGGAGGAGAAGGAGGAAAAGAAAGACGAGGAGGAAUCUCGGCCGGAGGACGGAGAGACCAGUUAUGAAAUAACUGACAUUGACGAUGCUUUACUUGAGGAGGAGGAAAAAGAACCGGAAAAGAAAAAAUCACCUGGGCACAAAAUGAUCAUUGACAUAUCUACUGGCAAAGCAAACAAUGUAGAAAUCAGAAAAGUUGGAGAAAAUGUGUCUUCAACGACACAAAAUGCUAGUAAAGAGAAAGUAGAAAUAGAGAUUCAAGAGGUCAAGGUCACCUUAAGUGAUGACGACCAUGGACCUCAAACAAAUUUAGAUAGUAAUAAAGACGAUGCCUCAAUCACUAUUAACGGCCAGCCAGUUCCUUCGUCAGGGAUGGUGGUGGGCAAUGGUUAUGCCCAGCCUGUAAGCGAAAGUGCAAAUAAAGAGAUGGAAAUGAGCGUGGUGAUUCCACAGACAGAUCUAGAUACAUUUGAAACCAAAAAUGUCAAAGAUUCCAAGAACCGCAAUAUAGCGGAUGUGGAUGACGAUACACGUUCCGACACGGGUAGUGUAACUACAGUGGAUAGUAACGAGGAUGUUCAUAGAACCACUACAAACAGAGUUGUCAAACCACAUAUACGUUCUAGAGGGGAAACUAAGAGUCAUUACAGAACACUUACCAAGACUAGAAAGUACAUGCGAGAUGGGGUGGAGGUCGUCAGUACCACACAGAAAGUUAUAGACACUGGUGAGGAGAACAAGAGAAGAGAAGAGUUCUACUGCAGGAAACAGGACCUGCGGGAGCUGAAGAUGCUCCAGAAGCAGGAGAACAAACAGUAUCAAGAUUUGAUAUACAAGGCACAAUUAGCUCGAGAGAGUCAGGAGCGUCGCUUCGAUACAGAUAUGCAGAAAUUGGUCCAGAACUACGACCAGGAUAUGGAAACUUUGACAAAACAACAGAAACAGCAGGUGGAGAGGGCCGAAACCACACAACAAAUGGAUAUGAAGUCUGCUGGCAAGCGUAUCAAAAUUGAACAGGAAAAGGAAUAUAAAACUUUUAAGGAGCAACAGAAACAGGAGAUGAAGUUGUUGAAACAGGAACUAGACCUGAUGCCCAAGGACAAUAAGAAGGAGAGUGUGAGGAAAAGAAAGGACCAGAAGGAGAUUGAGCUCGCAGAAAAGGAGCGACAGUUUUUUGAGAAUCAACAAGAACGAAUGGAGAAGCACAUGAAACAGUUGUCAGAUACUCAUCGUCAGAAGGUGGCCCUGUUGGAGAGUCAGUUCCUUCAACAGAAACAGCAGCUCCUUCGAUCUCGGGAGUCCGUCAUUUGGGAAACAGAAAAACAACAACUCCAUGAAAAACACCAGCUUGCUAAAAGUCAGCUCAAAGACAUGUUCUUCCUGAAGCGCCACCAGAUGCUCACGCGUCACCAGAAGGAAGUGGAGCAGAUGAAACGCAGUAACACUACUAAGGAGGAAGAGAUGCAGAGUCGUCACACGCUUGAAAAGAAACGCCUCCCAAAAAUCUUAAAAAGUGAGGCCAAGACACGCGCCAACAUGUUCAAACAAAGCUUACGCCUUAGUACCAUUGGUUCACCAGAGGACGAUCGGGCAAAGAUGAAACAGUUUGAAGAGAAUGAGAAGAAAAGGAUGAAGGCAGAACAACAGAGGCAGGAACAGAAACACAAACGCCAGUGGGAGGAGCUAGUGUUCAGAAACGACACCAGUCUGCGGGAGCUUGAGGCCCUACAGGCAGAGAAACGAAAAAUGUUGAUGGAGCAUGAGACACAGAAGAUUAAGGAACUCGAUGACCAAUACACUAAUGAGCUCCGUGAAUGGAAAAACCAACUGACACCUAGAAAACAGCAAAAUUUGCUAGCACAAGUCAUUUUACAGAGUCAGAUUGGAAGAAGAAUUCCAGAGACAGAGGGAGGAACAAGAGAAAUUCUAUGGUACUGUUCUGGUAACGGGGAAUGAUGGAGCCGUACAGUCUGCUCCUAGAUCGCAGCCCAACAGUCUCCGUGGUAACAGAGAGGAUGGCACAAAGUCCUCAAGACAUUCGACUGUGAUAUAAUAGAUUGAACUAGUGUGUUGUUAGCUAUCUGCCGGACACUGGACGGGCUGGAACCACAGAUCAUCUGCCGGACCCUGGACGGCUAGAGCCACAGAUCAUUGUGUUCUUUUUGUACAUUCUGUCAACAGGAGUGUGGACAACAGAAUCUGUUGAACGGAGUUGUUGAUAUAGGAAUUCACUUAUUUUCUAAAGGAGGACUUCUUAAUGAAUGUAAUUGUUUGAUUUGAAAGAAUUUCAGAUUGAUGAUAUAAUUGACAAGUUAUGUUUGAGCUCUGUAUGAGACUUUCAUGUCUACGACUUCCACGUGUACAAAGUGAAGUAGAAGGACAUGCAUCAAGCUUUUUAUGUGUAUGGGACAAAUAUCAGUUAAACUACAAAAUCUGGAUCACAGGGACAUCUGUUUUGAGUGCUGAAACAAUAAGUGUUGUCUCUCUUAGUUAUCGGGAUUGUCUCCCUUUGUUUAUUAUUGUUUAAUGGUGUGUUAGAGUUUGUGUACACUGAUAUGUAGAAAUGUUUAUUUGUUGGGCUAUAUCUCCUACUGUCUUUUAUCAUCUUCAGACAAUGUUAUAUUUUUUGUGCUUUGGUUAUGUUAUGUGGGCACUUAUCAUAUGGUGUACAUGUUUAAAAUGAUUACUGGAGUCGAGAAAAAAGAUACAGCUGUCUGUUUCUGAUAUCAAUUUGAUCAGAUGAUCACUUCUAAAUUGUCUGUAACAAACAUUUCCUUGUAAAAGAAAUGAUUCCUGUAUUACUGUGAGAAAUGUUUUUAACAGACUAACAUAUAUUUAUGAUACCAUAUUUAGACUUCGUCCUAACUCUCUGGGACGCGUAGCACUUGUUAAUUCGAUAUUACAUGUUGUAAUAUCACUUCACAUCAAAAGUGAAUUAAUUGAGAUUUUUGGACAAAUUUCCAGUAAAAUGAUGAUGUUUUAAACAAAUUUCCAGUGAAUGAUUGCGGAGUACUUUAGGACACAUUAUUUUAAGUUUUAGUUAUGAUCAAUAAAACAAAUGUGAAAUAAAUUAAAGGUGAAUUAUCAUACUCUUCUUCUAAGAGUAAACUUUAUUCACCAUUUUAUCUACAUUUAUUCUAGGCCUGAAUUUGAUAUCUCCUACUUUCAUUUAGCAAAAUCAUGUAGUCCCUGCACUUGUUAAAUAAAAGCUUGCAGCUGUGUAUAAUCCCUUUGUGAAAUUCAUUUUUCAAGAUGCUUUCAUCUUUAUUAAUGUAGACUAGUUGUCUUCAUGUAAAACGCCACCUACAGUAGCAUAUGUAUGAAGGGGGAACAACUCAUUCAAAAAUAUAGCAUAAAGGAAGGGGAACAACUCAUUCAAAAACAGCAUAGAGUUACACUAUCAAGAUAAUUAUAUGUAUAAGAUCUGUGAUACAAUUUACUUGUAUGUUUGGUUCAUUAUUAAAUAUAAGCAUGCAGACUAAUCAGAAUUACAAUUUUAUUUAAACAAAAGAAAUACUCGCCAUUAUGAUUAGAUAUAAUGAUCAAAAGCAAUGUUUAAUUAUAUUUUGAUAAGUUUGUAGCCAUUAAAAUGUAAACAUGUAGAAAGUUCUAUAGUAGCCAUUGUAAUGUAGACCUUUAUAAAUGUAUCCUGUACAAAUGCCAGUUAAAAUUCCACUGACAAAAACAUUGCUGCUAUACCACAAAUGUCACAUAAUUGACUCGGCUUAAUCGACUGUUGUUGUCGUCACUGUAUGCACAUUUAUAUUGGAAAUGUUUGAAGUAAAUGUGAUAAAUAUAUUGGUGAUAGUAAGCAUUGGUGUCUCUCUAGUUAAAUAUAGAAACAAAACAAAAAAACCUACACUUAAGUCAGGAAACUGGUUAAAAUUUAGAAAGAUUAACCUUUGAAGAAAACGUGAAAUAAUUAAAAAGUAUAAUCAUGUGGAAGCCAACCAUUCAGUGCUUGAGGAUAUUGAUAUGUAGAUGUAUACUCUAUGUUGAAUAUAGACAACACAAUUCCACAUUGCACAUAUAGAAUUUUGUAUUUUGGUGAAAAAUUGAUGCAUUGAAUAUACUUAUCGAUAAAAUGGAUAUGCAAAAAUAGUGUACUUUUUAUUUUACCUUAGAUAUAAAAACUUAUGUUCUAUAAAGCGUAGUCGUGUUAGAGCCAGAUGAUUUUCAUUUGUGUAUGAAUAAUUUUGAUUAAAACCAAAGUUGUGAUUUAAUAAAAGUAAAGGAAAUCUGCUAAACAUUCCAAAAUAAUGAUACUUAUUUAUUUUACUAACUUUUACCCACCAAUAGAAUAGGUCUUUUGUAAACUCUAGACACAGGUUACUCAAAUAGUGUUUUAUCAUGAAAGACUUCAUAUACUGGUAAACACAGUUUUUUAGUUUUAUGAAUAUUCAUGUGAUUUGUGAAUAUUUUGUUCAUUAUUGCGAAGGAUUUUGUUCACAAAAAAUGUACUUUAUAACUUAAUUGUUCUCAGUAGGUAAAACUGUUGUUUUGUCCAACUUUGCAUUGUAACCGUAUAAUUGGGUCACAAUAGUGCUGAGAACAAAUUGACACAAUAGUGCCAUACACUAACCACUAGCUAUGUAAUUUUGUUUUUAAUAAACUUCUGAAUUUUUUAAACAAUUUUGGAGUGAGAAAUAAAUGCAAUGGUGAAGAAUUUCAGGAUUUUUAUAUUUCUAGAGUUAGAAAUCACCUUUUUUUUGUAGUCAAAUGAUGGUUUUCAUUGAAGCAUAUGGCUGUUCCUGAAUAACAGGUACAGUGUAGAAGACAAGGAGAUCUGUCUGAGGUCAAAGGUUUAAAUCAUACGAGACAAUAUGCAAUAAUCUUCCGUUCUGUGUGAUUUUGUUUUGUGAUCACCUGUUAAGAAUGCUUAAAUGUUGUUGUACCUAAUCAAGACAUUUAUAA